GUGAAAUUUCAGGAUUUUGGCGCAGCCGCAUGUGAAGCAUGCCGCGGCAGGGCCGCCUGGCGCUGCUGGGCGCGGCGCUGCUGCUGGCGUGGCACGGGCUGCUGCUGCUGCUGCUGCGGGGCCGCGCCGCGCCGCCGCCGCCGCUGCCGGCGCAGCUGCUGCGCCUGGCGCAGGACGCCGAGGCCGAGCUGCGGCUGCAGCGCGACCUGCUGCUGCAGAUCCAGCGCCUGGGCCGCCCGCGCCGCCGCGGCGCGCCGGAACCCUCCGGAAGCGCGCCGAAACCCGCCCGCGGCACCGCCGAGCCGCCGGUGAUCCCGGUGCUGGUGCUGGCCUGCGACCGCAGCUCGGUGCGGCGCUGCCUGGACAAGCUCCUGCGCUACCGGCCCAGCGCCCGGCGCUUCCCGGUGAUCGUGUCGCAGGACUGCGGCCACGCCGAGACGGCGGCCGUCAUCGCCUCCUACGGCGCCGCCGUGGCGCACAUCCGGCAGCCCGAGCUCGCCGACGUGCCGGUGCCGCCGGAGCACCGCAAGUUCCAGGGCUACUACCGCAUCGCGCGGCACUACCGCUGGGCGCUGGGCCAGGUGUUCCGCACCUUCCGCUACCGCGCCGCCAUCGUGGUGGAGGACGACUUGGAGGUGGCGCCGGAUUUCUUCGAGUACUUCCAGGCGGUGCUGCCGCUGCUGCGCGAGGACCCCACGCUGUGGUGCGCCUCGGCGUGGAACGACAACGGCAAGGCGGCGCUGGUGGACGCCGGGCGCGCCGAGCUGCUCUACCGCACCGACUUCUUCCCCGGCUUGGGCUGGCUGCUGCUGGCCGAGCUCUGGGACGAGCUGGAGCCCAAGUGGCCGCCGGCGUUCUGGGACGACUGGAUGAGGCGGCCGGAGCAGCGGCGCGGCCGCGCCUGCGUCCGGCCCGAGGUGUCCAGGACGAUGACGUUCGGCCGCAAGGGCGUCAGCCACGGCCAGUUCUUCGACCAGUACCUGAAGUUCAUCAAACUCAACGACCGCUUCGUGCCUUUCACCCAGCUGGACCUGUCCUACCUCAAGCGCGACGCCUACGAGCGCUCCUUCCUGCCGCAGGUGUACGGCGCGCCCGAGGUGGGCCUGGAGCAGCUCCGCGACGAGCCGGCGCCGGGCCCGGGCCCCGUGCGCCUCCAGUACCGCGGCCGCGACUCCUUCAAGGCCUUGGCCAAGGCCUUGGGCCUCAUGGACGACCUCAAGUCCGGCGUCCCCCGCGGCGGCUACCGCGGCGUGGUCAGCCUGGUGUGCCGCGGCCGCCGCGUCUUCCUGGCGCCGCCCUCGGACUGGACGGGCUACGACCCCUCCUGGAGCUGAGCGCGGCUUCCGGGGGGUUUUGGGGGGUUUUUGGGGGGGUUCGUUGGGUUUGUGUUGGGGUUUGGGGGCGUUUUUGCAGAAUAAAAGGAUGAGAAGCGCUGCACGGGAGGAACGGCGUUGUCGCCUCUGAAUUCUGCGUUGUCGCCGUUCCCAUCGAGUUAAAAAUUGUUAAAAUUGGUAAAAUUGUUAAAAUUGGUUAAAUUCUAAAUUCCAGUGGUCUAAAAGCAACUUUUAGGGCUAAAUUUGGGGUUUUUUGCAGAAUAAAAGGAUGAGAAACGCUGCAUGGGAGGAACAGCGUUGUCCCCUCUGAAUUCUGCAUCGCCGCCGUUACCAUCGAGUUAAAAAUUGGUUAAAUUGGUUAAAUUCAAAUUCCAGUGUUUGAAAAACAUUUCUAGGGCUAAAUUUGGGAUUUUUUUGGGGUUUUUGCAGAAUAAAACAAUGAGAAACGCUGCACGGGAGGAACGGCGUUGUCCCCUCUGAAUUCUGCGUUGCCGCCGUUCCCAUCGAGUUAAAAAUUGUUAAAAUUGGUAAAAUUGGUUAAAUUCAAAUACCAGUGGUCUAAAAGCAACUUUUAGGGCUAAAUUUGGGGGUUUUUUGGGGUUUUUGCAGAAUAAAACAAUGAGAAACGCUGCACGGGA